AUGAGUAUACCUACCUCAGAGGGACCAUCGCAUAUAGAAGAUGAUGGUGCUCCAAUAGAUAUUCCUACUGUUAUUCUUCCAAUAAAUUUCUUAAAAUGUUCAAGAUCAGAUUUAAUUGUUUUAAUUUCACGAAUGCUAGUCUUUUUAAUCCAAAUAAACGAUAAUAAUGCAAAAACAGAUGAAGAUAAAAAUGGUCCUACAGAAGCAAAAUUAACCAGAUUUCAUUCGAGUACACCCCCAAAUAUAUCGAUAUACAAUUACUUAAUACGACUGACCAAAUAUUCAGCAUUAGAAUCUGCUGUCCUAUUAUCUUCCGUAUACUAUAUUGACCUUCUUUCAAGUAUAUAUCCGGCAUUCACUUUAAAUUCAUUAACUGCUCACAGAUAUUUGUUAACAGCGACUUCUGUAGCGAGUAAAGGUCUCUGUGAUUCAUUCUGUACAAACGCUCAUUAUGCAAAAGUAGGAGGUGUACAAUGUAGUGAGCUAAAUAUACUCGAAGAAGAAUUUCUAAGAAAAGUUAAUUAUAGAGUAAUCCCUCGUGAUAAUAAUAUAUCAUUAUGUGAAUUUGAAUAUCAACAAAAUGAGUUUAGCAUAACCAAUCCUAAUGUUUUACCGAAAGAUCUACAAUUUUCAAUCACGCAAAAAAAUAGUGGUUAUAAUAUAUUGGAUAUGUACUAUAGGAAGAUGAUCCAAUUGAUAGGAUCAUUUUCAUCAUCACCAGAUAAAAGCAGAAAAGUAGAUUAUAAACUGGAAGAGAUAGAACUGAAUGCGUCAAAUAUACCGGAUGAUGUAUCACACAAUCCUGUGCGAGAUAGAACCAACAGACCACCUAACAAGAGAAGUUACGAUAAUUCUACUGAAAAUAGUAACGAUAAAUUCUUAGAUGAAUCAGACCAAAAUAAUAAAACUUCAUUAUUUAACCAUAACAAAAAACUUGCAACAGAAGAAAUUAAGAUGCAAAUAAAUGAACGUAUCAAAUAA